AAUAUAUAGAGCAAAACUUUUAAAAAUCUUCAUCUCAGAAACCGAUCUGCCAGAAAAGCUGUAACUUGUUUGGAAGCAUCAUCAGGUAGGGUAAAUCAAAGUUUGUUCAAAUCAUGACCCCCAGGAGUAGGGUGGGGUCAAAUUUUUACAUAGGUAUAAAUAAAGAAAAGAAAGAAAAACAUUUGCCUAGAAAACCUGCAACCAUAGUGAAAGUAACCCCAGGUUGUGUAGAUUCAAAUUCGUGAAAAAUAUUUUUUAGGAGUAGUGUGAGGCCAAAUUGAGAGGUUCAAUUUAACAAAGAAAAACAUUUUAAAUUAUUCACAAAAACUCAAAUGUUAUAAUGCAUGGUUUACUUAUGUGCAAGUAUUUUGAAAUAUUGUUGAUUCUUUAAAACUGACUUUGGCCCCUGAACAAUUCUUGGGCUUUACAAGUUUGAUGUAGGUGUAUAUACCAUUUGAUUCAAAUAUUCUUGAUUUCUCAUUAUGUGAUAUGACUAUAAAAUCAUCCUGUGACAUAAGAGGCUCAAUGAUUAACGGAAUAUCCGAUGGAAAAGUUGAUUUUUUUUAAAUACAGGAUCUGUUAUACUACAAUGUCCAAUUAUUUUGCAUAUGACUCCAUAAAGCUGAUUUUAUAGUGUCUAUUGUUACUCAGGUGAGCGAUGUGGCCCAUGGUCCUCUUGUCAGCUAUGAUAUAUAUUGUAAACCUAAACAUGAUAUCGGAAUAUACCUUAACAUUAUACAUUCUUAUAAAGAAAAGUAUUUUCACAGAAAUGGGCGAAAAUUGAUGGUCCUGCAUCUAUCGAGUCUUGGAAACUUCUCGUACACAAACGGUAGGAUUAAGAUAUGAUAAAGAUAGUCUAUUCUGAGCUUUGUGUGUCUAUAAUAUAGAUAAGAAAAAUUACGAAGAUGGUUUAGUAGACCUUCCAAUAUGAUUUCCGAUAUCAUACGUGGCGUGGUUGUGUGGCUGGUAAUGGUGAACAGUGUGGAUGCCAUCUCAGUGAAUUUAAGAACGUUGGCCCCACGUGUUUCCAGUGUGACCGCGAGGCGCUUCCUACCACGUGUUCAAACGUCGUCACGUGUGGUCCACAUGAGGUAUGACGAACAGGUGUGUUCGAUUGAAAAGGGGUUAGAUCUCCUGGAUGAUGUUGUUUUCUGGUCAGGUUGUAAGUCCAAAACGGAAUGCAGUGUGAGCAGAAAGAGAAGUUCGCCUGCUGACGUCACAGUCACGUGCUCCGAGUGUUGUGAUGGAAACUUCUGCAAUGCGAACGGAUGUGGAUAUCCCGGAUUUCCUGCUGGUGGGAAUAACCUUUGCUUUAACUGCGUUCAUAUGAAAUCGCCAUCCAACUGCUCUCAUGUUGCAACAUGCCAAAAAGACGAGGAUUGUAAAGUCCACCAGAUGUGCGGGGGUUGUUGCCUUGGUGAUUUCUGUAAUUCGGGGUGCAGUCCCUAUGACAACCUGCGGCCAUUGUACCAGUACGUCACGCUGACGAACGCCCCCGGAUAUAUGUGGAUUACUAUUCCGUAUCACCAAUAAACAUUCCUAUUACAUGUA